AUGGCAAAAAAGGAGGAGCAAGACCUCCUCGAGGGAUGUGACAAUGUCCGCUGGCCUCCGAUUGUGUUCGGAGCUCAUACCAAGUUCAUCCGAGCCUCUUUGAAGGCUAAACAUCUCAAAAUGGAAUCCGAUCCUAGGCUUGAUUCGGAGCUAGAGUCGUUCCGUCAGCAAUGGCGCUCUGAGCUUCAAGCCAAGAAGCCAUGGGGUCACUCAGGACAGAGGAGGACGUCUCAUGCCACCACCGCUGCCUCGUCUUCACAACCAGCGCCGCGGUUAGAAGCGCACAAAGCGUCUAUACCCAGCUUAGACUACGAAGAUCCUAACGAAGACUAUGUCCAAACUCGAUCUUUUGAUGAGCCGGCUGGCCCGUCCUCGUCUGGCGGGACUCUAGCGGACACCGGUACUCUGGAUGAAAAAGAGCUCUUUUCGGCACUGGACCAUUUUGAAGCAGCCGUUGAGAAAGAAGCCGUUGGAAGCUUAGGGGAUAGUCUAAAGCUCUACCGGAAGGCAUUUAGAAUGGACAGCCAUGUGGACAUGUUAUACAGAAAGAAAUAUUUCCCAGGACCCCUUCGAAAGCCGUCCGAAUCAACCCCAGGAUCAGGCCUCACCAAAGUCCCAGCUAAGGGAUCCAGCGCCGCCGAUAAUUUGGAAGCCGACCAGCCACAGUCCAUCAAAGAUUUGGUCGCGAGCUUCUCAGAUCUCUCGAUUGCCUCUGCACCCCCUCCCGUGGAGGGUGACGCGCCACCCCCAUGUCCCAUCGCCGAUAUCCCGCAAGAGGUUCUCGCUCACAUUCUAACGGACCUGGCCGUCUUGGACAUCGGAGACUUCGUCCGACUAUCGGUCGUUUGUAAGCGAUUUGCCUACCUCGUCGCGGCUGACGACCAGAUCUGGAGGCGAGUGUGUCUGGGCCGGGAGUUCGGGUUCCAGGGGAUGCACUAUCACUGGCAGGCGGGUGUGGCGUGGGAACCUCUCCCGGACGAGGGCGAAGUCGGAGAGGAAGGCGAGUUUGUGACCAUGGAAGAGCUGGCCCGUCGCCGCCGAGAAGAGAAUCUCGCCAUCACUGUAUCACUAUACCCGGAGUACGGUUCGUCGUGGCAGCGUAUGUUCCGCCACCGGCCCCGCAUCCGCUUCAACGGCUGCUACAUUAGCACUGUCAACUACAUCCGGCCCGGCCAGGCCUCGGCCAACCAGAUCACAUGGAACACCCCCGUCCACAUCAUCACGUAUUACCGCUACCUGCGGUUUUUCCGAGACGGCACCGUCAUCAGCCUCCUCACCACUGCGGAGCCGGGCGAUGUAGUCCACCAUAUGACGAAGGACCUCCUCGCGCAGCACCGCGGCGGUGCCGCCCCGCAUCUCUCUUCGGUCGUCCUCCAGCAUGGACUUCGCGGCCGGUGGCGUCUAUCGUCCGUGCUCGAUCACCCCGAUGGCCCCGAUGGCGUGCCUAAUCCAAAGGACGCCGAGGGCGAGCUGUUCGUUGAGACGGAGGGUGUCGGGCCCAAGUACAUGUACCGGAUGAACCUCUCGCUGCGAAGCGCCGGCCGAGGUACUCGUAACAACAAGCUCGUAUGGAAGGGGUUUUACAGCUACAAUAAGCUUACCGACGACUGGGCUGAAUUCGGAUUGAAAAACGAUAAGCCGUUCUUCUUUAGUCGAGCGUCGAACAGACUCGUUCCGAUAGAGGUUCGGUUGUUGGAUCUCAUUGGCACACCAGCACCAGACAUCAUGGGAACCUCGCUCGUAAACAUGAACCUUGGUACGUUUCUUCGCGUUUAUCUUUGGGCUUGGAUCGGCAAAUAUUCCAAAGACAGGGAGACAAUUUCCGUUCAUGACCCCCGGAGUGUCUCAGGGGACCUGAUCAUCUAUAAAACACCAGACUAUGGCCAUCACCACAUCCCAUUUGCAAUUCAAAUGGCAUCACGACGUCGAUAUUGCACCAAGUCCUAG